CAGGUUUUUGCUUUGGCACGUGCAAAGCUCUCGAAAUAUAAGAGACACACGAAACAGGGAAGCAACAGUUUGUUGUUAGUUGAAUUAUUUAAAAAGUUGGUGAAUUCCUCCGGUUUUCGGUAGUGUUUCAGUUGCAGUUCGUCCAGCGAAAGGGAAUAUAUAAAACAAGUGCAAGAAUGUCGUCAUCACAAGUAGUAGGCACUGUAAUCCUAGCUUUGAUCAUCGUCUCAACAGUUGGCAGUAUGGCAGCGAGUGUCCCUGCCGUAUGUGAACCUGGAUUUCUGGAAAGUAUGCCACCACACAUUCGAAAAGUUUGCGUUGCCCUGGAAAAUUCAAAUAAAUUGUCGAAUGCCUUAAAUGCGUAUAUCCAGAAUGAGGCAUCAGCACUUGUCUACAAGGCUGACGACUUGAUUGGACAACCCGACAAGAGGACAGACGCUGAUCACGUGUUUUUGCGAUUCGGGCGACGACGUUAAAUCUACAGCAUCUCUAAAUACCCAGCAAAAAUAUACACAGAUAGCAGGAAAUAUUUCUACAAUGCAUUAAUGAAAGAUAAUGAAAGAAGACUAAGCUGAUUGCUGAUUGACUGAAAUAAUAUUACAUGAACAUGCGUCCUAUACCUAACCGAAGCAAAUUACUGCAUUAUAUUUAAUUAAAUAUAUUUACAUGUGCAUUAACACUCAACCUCUCAUUGAUUUUAUUGCAUAUAUGGCUAUUGGAAAUAAACGAUUAAUGAAUCACAUGUCUUGCCCGAAACCCCUCAUCUGCAUUAUUAUUACUAUGAAUAUGUGAAUAAAGCUAAAUAAAUUAUUUAUUUAUAACAUUACGUGUAAGUAAUUUAAUAUAAUGGUGUUACGAACAAGGAUUUCCAUUACAUUGACAAGUCUAUUGUAAAAAAUGAUUUCUCUCAAUAAAAAGCACCCUCACUUCACACACUCCUAGUUAUCUAUUCAUUUUGCAGUUGCAGAUACAUUUUUUUUGCGUUACGCCAAAGUAGUUUGAUUUAGACUUUUAAUUUAAUUAAAUCAAGAUUUGGAUAAAAGAUACAGGAAAAUAUAAAAAAAAGUGUUUUGAACAAUAUUAUUGAAUGUAAAUAUGUAAUUACGUAAAAAUAUAUAUCUAGAUUGUGAUUACAA